UUCCUCCGGGGCGAUUUGUCAAACUUCCCCCCUCUUCUGCCAGCAGCAGCAGCAGCAGCAGCAGCAGGGCUGUCCUCUCCUCUGUGCCGCCUCCUCCUCCUCCGCCGCCGCCGCCUCCUCCUCCUACUCGGCAUCGUGUAUGCACAGCAACAAAAAAUAUAUCCCCGACCCAGCCCUCGCGCCGAGGCUGGAGCAGCUCACCGGAUCUCUGGGGCUGAGGCAACUCUUCCCACCCCCGCGCCCCUGCUGCCCCCCCCCGCCGGCGCCCGCAGGAGCCCAGCAUGCCGAGGAGGAAGCAGCAAGCGCCCCGGCGCGCAGCAGCCUAUGUUUCAGAUGAACUAAAAGCAGCAGCGCUGGUGGAAGAAGAUGUGGAACCUGAUGAAAAUGCAGUUGAUGGGGAGCCUUCAGCAAAAUAUGCAUGUCCAGAAAAAGACUUCAGUAAGAACUGCCAAAGCUACCAAAAUUCUCCAGCAGCUGAGUUCUCUAGCCAUGAAAUGGACAGUGAGUCCCACAUCAGUGAGACAAGUGACCGCAUGGCGGACUUUGAGAGCAGCUCCAUUAAAAAUGAGGAAGAGAGCAAGGAGGUUUCCAUACCACUGGAAGACUCUACAGUGUCUGAUAGUUUAGAACAAAUGAAGGCCGUGUAUAAUAACUUCCUCUCCAAUUCCUACUGGUCCAAUCUCAAUUUGAACCUUCACCAGCCAAUUUCAGAAAAAAACAAUGGUAGCAGCAGCAGUAGCAGCAGCAGCAGCAGCAGUUGUGGAAGUGGCAGCUUUGACUGGCACCAGACUGCGAUGGCCAAAACACUGCAGCAAGUUUCUCAGAGCAGAAUUCUGCCUGAACCGAGCCUUUUUAGCACAGUCCAGCUGUACAGACAGAGCAGUAAACUCUAUGGCUCUAUAUUCACUGGAGCCAGUAAAUUCCGCUGUAAAGACUGCAGUGCUGCCUACGAUACUUUAGUAGAAUUAACAGUGCACAUGAAUGAAACAGGACAUUAUCGAGAUGACAACCAUGAAACAGAUAACAAUAACCCCAAAAGAUGGUCCAAACCUCGCAAACGUUCUUUGCUUGAAAUGGAAGGGAAAGAAGAUGCCCAGAAAGUGCUAAAGUGUAUGUACUGUGGUCAUUCAUUCGAAUCUCUUCAGGAUUUGAGUGUUCACAUGAUCAAAACAAAACACUACCAAAAAGUGCCUCUGAAGGAACCUGUUACACCUGUAGCAGCUAAAAUUAUCCCAGCUACUAGAAAGAAAGCGUCACUGGAGCUUGAACUUCCGAGUUCUCCAGACUCCACGGGUGGGACACCAAAAGCCACAAUCUCAGAUGGUAACGAUGCACUUCAAAAGAAUUCCAAUCCCUACAUUACGCCAAAUAACCGCUAUGGUCACCAGAACGGUGCCAGCUACGCCUGGCACUUUGAGGCCAGGAAAUCUCAAAUUCUGAAGUGCAUGGAGUGUGGUAGUUCACACGACACCCUGCAGGAGCUCACGGCUCACAUGAUGGUGACGGGACAUUUUAUUAAAGUCACUAACUCUGCCAUGAAAAAAGGGAAACCAAUUAUAGAAGCCCCAGCCACACCGACAAUAACGUCCUUAGUAGAUGAGAAGGUCCAGUCUGUGCCACUAGCUGCCACCACCUUUACGUCUCCUUCCAACACACCUUCUAGUGUUUCCCCUAAAUUAAAUGUUGAGAUUAAAAAAGAAGUAGAUAAGGAAAGAGCCAUUGCUGAUGACAAAAUGAAAGACAAAGAGAAGUCAAGUGAAGAUGAGGAGAAGUAUGAUAUCUCCUCAAAAUACCAUUACUUGACUGAAAAUGACCUAGAAGAAAGCCCUAAGGGGGGAUUAGAUAUAUUGAAGUCUUUAGAAAACACGGUUACAUCAGCUAUAAACAAAGCCCAGAAUGGUACACCGAGCUGGGGUGGCUACCCCAGCAUUCAUGCUGCCUACCAGCUGCCUAAUAUGAUGAAGCUGUCGUUGGGCUCAUCUGGGAAGAGUACACCCCUAAAACCCAUGUUUGGAAAUAAUGAAUUAGUAUCACCAACUAAAAACCAGCCCUUAGUGUCUCCACCCAGCAGUCAGACCUCACCUGUGCCAAAAACAAACUUUCAUGCCAUGGAAGAAUUGGUAAAGAAGGUCACUGAGAAGGUGGCUAAAGUGGAGGAGAAGAUGAAGGAGCCCGAAGGAAAGCUCUCUCCGCUGAAGCGUGCGACGCCUUCGCCGUGCAGCAGUGAAGUCAGUGAACCCCUUAAGAUGGAGCCCCCCAGUGACGGUGGCUUUAAAAGCCAGCAGAGCAGCCCAGUUCCUCAGAGAGAUGGCUGCAAAGAUAGCCCGACUGCAGAACCUGUGGAAAAUGGGAAAGAGCCUGUGAAGUCCAUUGUAGGUUCUUUAAGUAGCAGCACAGCCAUCAUCACUGACCACCCUCCUGAACAGCCAUUUGUAAAUCCAUUAAGUGCACUGCAAUCUGUCAUGAAUAUUCACCUUGGCAAGGCAGCAAAGCCUUCUUUACCUGCUCUGGAUCCAAUGAGCAUGCUUUUUAAAAUGAGCAACAGUUUGGCAGAAAAGGCUGCAGUGGCCACCCCACCUCUACAGUCCAAAAAAUCAGACCACUUAGACCGUUAUUUUUAUCAUGUCAACAAUGACCAACCCAUAGAUUUGACGAAAGGCAAGAGUGACAAAAGCUGCUCUUUGGGUUCAGCGCUUUUGUCAUCCACAUCGACAUCUUCUGCAUCUUCUUCAUCUACAGUGACAACAGCAAAGACAUCUGCAGUCGUGUCAUUCAUGUCAAACUCGCCGCUACGCGAGAAUGCCUUGUCAGAUAUAUCUGAUAUGCUGAAGAACCUGACAGAAAGUCACACAUCAAAAUCUUCCACACCUUCCAGCAUAUCUGAGAAAUCUGACAUUGAUGGUACCACAAUAGAGGAACCAGAAGAGAGUACACCAGCUCAGAAAAGGAAGGGACGUCAGUCUAACUGGAACCCUCAGCACUUGCUCAUAUUGCAGGCCCAGUUUGCAGCCAGCUUACGGCAGACUUCAGAGGGGAAAUACAUCAUGUCAGACUUGAGCCCUCAAGAAAGAAUGCACAUUUCCAGGUUUACAGGACUCUCAAUGACCACAAUUAGCCACUGGUUGGCCAAUGUGAAAUACCAGCUACGAAGGACGGGGGGAACUAAGUUCCUUAAAAAUUUGGACACUGGGCACCCGGUGUUCUUUUGUAAUGACUGUGCUUCACAGAUCAGAACUCCUUCAACUUAUAUCAGUCAUCUUGAAUCGCAUCUGGGUUUCAGGUUAAGAGACUUGUCCAAACUGUCCAGUGAACAGAUUAACAAUCAGAUAGCACAAGCAAAGUCACCGUCUGAAAAACUGGUGACGUCCUCUCCUGAGGAAGAUAUCGGAACUUCUUAUCAGUGCAAACUUUGUAACAGGACUUUUGCAAGCAAGCAUGCUGUUAAACUCCAUCUUAGUAAAACACAUGGGAAGUCACCAGAGGAUCAUCUUCUGUAUGUUUCGGAGUUAGAGAAGCAGUAGCAUUUGCUUUUGAUUAAAAUAACUGUAAUUUGCUUUGAGGAAAACUGUCAAAGACGCCUUAAAGCUACUGUUUAGUUCUUGGCACAUGUUCUUAUUUUAACUCCAGAGUCGCUCUGGGCUGAACUGUUUUGUAUAACUGUACAGUGUUUAAAUAGAGGUGCAUAAUCAGCUGUUGUUACUGGUAAAAUAUGAAGGUUAAAAUGCAGUGGUAAGUGUUUGGAACUUUGUGUAAAUUGGAUUUAGUUGCUGUGCAUCCCUCUGAUGCAUCAAGCUGCAUGCAUUAACAGACAGUUUAAUUAAGCAUUUAUAACUAAUUCUGGUGCACUUUUUCAUGUGACCUAAGUGUGCUGGUAUUUCUCACCCUAUAAUCUUUAGCCCUCUGAGUACUUUGAAGCACUUUUGCAUUAAUUUGGUAAAAAUGUAAGGAUAUGCUUUUUUUUUUUAGACCCUUACUAGCUUAGUUCUGAUUACUAAUAUGAACCUCCAUUUAUGCAGAGGUGUCUCACACCUUGAAAUUUAAAAAUAUAAUUUUCACAUUGAAACAUAGAUGUAUAUAUUGUAUAGAUUUCAAAAUCUCUUAUGGAAAAUGUGAUUGUGGUUAAUGCCAUUUUCUUUUUUUUCAGCAUUUUUAGCAGCAGUGGGGUUUGUACCUGAUAAGUCCCAGGUACAAAACUGUACCUAUAUAUAGUGUAUAUUUCUUUUUUUUUUUUUUAGAUCUAAUGGUUUUUCCUUUAACAAUCAAACAUUGUAAAUUAUGUGAUAAAAGAUACCGCAGAUAGCAUUUAUAAAGUAUUCAGAAACAUUAUUCUUAAAGCAAAGUAUGUUUUGCUUUGUUUUGCUAUACAGUACAUCUAUAUUAAGAGAGGUUCAUGUUUAAAUUAUACAUAUUUAUUAGUGUUGCUAUCAUUUGUUUGGGGUUUUUUUUCUUCUUUUUUUUUCUGUUUAUGUUUUUGUUUUUGUUUUUUAUUUUAAUUAUCUGAAGAAACAGAAGCCACGGACUGCAUUCCUGGCAUGCAUUCUAACUGUUUUGCACAAUAUGACUUUUAAAGGUAUUUAUUAGUAAAAAAAUAAAAAGAAAAUAAAAAGAAAACAUUCAAAAUAAACUCAGUGCUCAAAGGGUUAAAUCUAUUUGAAAAACUUGUACUGUAUUUCCUAAACAUUGAUAAAGCCUUUAAAAUGUUUGUACUGUAAUACUUUGCUUAAAAAGUUAUGAGGCAUUCUGUGAUAUAACCUCUUUUACUUAUUUAUAAGCGCUCUUGGUUGUUAUUUCUUAUUGUAGAAUGCCUUUUUAUUUCAAUUGGUAACUUUCUGUUUUGUUCUGCCUAAUUAUUCUCCCAAGAUUCCAUACUGCAGCUUUAUCUUUAGGCAUAUGAAAGGUAACCCGUGGUUACCAGCACACUAAGUGAUUCUGUUCGUCUCCAUUUUUGGCAGUUAAUUUGCAGAAGUAACUGACAGCUGACACCAUAUGAGAAUCUAUGUAUAAAAUAUUGGCAUGUAAACAGCACAGACACUGUAAUGCACUCUGUGCCCUGUUUUGUUGUUGACAAUGAAGCACCAUUAUAUGACUCUUCAUAUAACCUUUUUUUCUACAGCAGCAUUAAAAUUGUCUUUUUGCUAUAAUUUUGUGUUGCGUUCACAAUUAUGUCUGAAAUGUGCUACGACUAACGAGCACAUUAAAAUUAAAUUGUAUGCUAUCUGUUUAUGACUGAAGCUUGAGUAGGUUUCUUCAUCUGCCAGGUGCUGGCAGUCAAAAGCUGCACAUAAAUCACUGGAGUUUUAGUGAACUUUAGCAUUUAAAGAGCAGGGUAGCACUUAUUCAAAGGCUGCAUUAACAGUUUUUUUCCCCCAGAAGAGAUAAAUGAGCGUUAUAACUCCCUUUUAAGCACCAGGUAAGGCUGGCUGUGGAGAGGGGGGUUAUCAGCAGUGCGUGGCAAAGCAAAUAGGUGUUUUGCUAGGAGUUCAGACCCAGGCAGGCACUGCUGCUCACCCGCCUUCCUCCUGAAUGCGCUGAGCAGAGUCUGCACCCGAGGGUGUUCCACAGCUCAGAGAAUCCCUUUCCACCUACCCAGCCUUUCCAAAUGUCAGGAGAAGGAACCUGAGGCCGAUGACUUCAGCUUUGUGGCUUUGAAAUUGGUCCUCUCCUGGUCCUACCUGCUGCUGGACAGCACGCCCAGCAGGUAGAGAGGGGGAGAGGAGGUGAACAAACACACGCCAAAGAAAAGCAAACCAUCUGGAGCAUUUAUGUGAUAAUGACAGAUUUUACUGGUGUUGACAGGUCAUCCCACCAAAACCAUUGAAAACAAUUUGCAUCUCCAAACACCUAUAUUUCGAUGCAUGUAAAUAAUGUCUUUUGCCAGUCAGGUGAAUUCUGAGUCCAGAGAUGGUUACAUGGGAACCAAACCCACCAUCGCAGCACUCCAGCAUCCUGAGUGAGAACUGCCAUCCGAAUGUCAAACGUACAGUUUCCUUUCGUUUUUAAAAAAAUCUACUGUCCUCCAGUAAGCAAGUAAUUGAAUCUUUGGUUCUCUUUGUCUUUCCCUCUUUCUUUCCAUUUUCCCAUCUUUCUGUGUAAUGUUAAAGGCCAGUACCAUGUCUCAAAAAUGCGUUGGAGUGUUCUGUUCAUUCUACAGCAAAUGCUGC